AUGGCAAAACUGUUCAUCGGUGGAUUAGCAUGGCACACAACAGAUCAGACGCUGUUCGAGGGGUUUCAAAGAUUUGGCAAAGUCGAGGAAGCCGUGGUGGUUAAAGACCGAGACACCAAUCGUAGUCGUGGCUUUGGAUUUGUGCGCUUUGCUACCAGGGCUGAGGCUGACGCGGCGCUGGAAGGGAUGCACAGCACACAGUUCGACGGCCGACUGAUCCGUGUAGACCACGCGCAGGACAAUAACAGAAACACCGCCGGAACGCGUGGGAGCACUUUCGUUGGAAGAGGUGGAAUAAUAUCACAUCAAGGCCCCACCGUCGGCUACAUGCCCUCAACUCCUCCAGGGCGCAACCCGCCACCCUAUCCCCAUGGUCGAACAACAGCAUCUGCACCCACGUACCGACAACCAUACACGCAGCAACCCCAGCCAGGUCCUCAAUAUGGAGGUGGACAGUCUCGUGGGCCCGGUCAUCCGCAUGAUCAACAGGAGCCUAAUUAG